GGUCCGGCGCCGAUCCGGAUGCUCGAGGCAGGAGGAUGUUUGACCUCCGGAUAAGCGAGGCCCCGCUGUGCAUUCAUUCCCGGCUGCAUUGGUGGGGACAGCAGCGGCCCAGGCGGCGACUCUCCGGCCAGCGGCGGCGGUAGGAGGCACUGGCAGUAGAGCGGAAACAUCCGUCGCUCGUCCGUUCCCUUCCUAGCCCGCUCCCUCCCUGCGUGGCUCGCUUUCCUCCUCCGGCCGCCGGCGGUGCGAGGUGCCGCCGCCGUGCCCUCGCGGCCGCCGCCUGACGGACGUGGGAGCCGCGGCGCCCGGGCGACCCUGCCUCUCGCGGCCGCGCCUCUGAGCUCUCUAUCUAUAUCAACUUACAUCACCAAGAAGAUAAUUUUGAAGGCAUGUUUUGCUGAAAAGCCAACUGAGAAAAAUUUUACGAAUGGGAUGAACACGCUCCAGUUAAUGGACUAUCUACUGAAUUUUGGAUGUUAACAUUGUCCAUCUGGUACAGUUACCUAGUGAUGUACCUAUUCUCACAAUACCCUAUUUCAGUCUGUUUGUCUUGAUUAAAGAAUUCAAAGUGGAGUACCGCAAACUUGAUAUGGAUAAUAAAAAGAAAGACAAGGACAAAUCAGAUGAUAGAAUGGCACGACCUAGUGGUCGUUCAGGGCACAACACUCGAGGAACUGGGUCUUCAUCUGGAGUUUUAAUGGUUGGACCUAACUUUAGAGUUGGAAAAAAAAUUGGAUGUGGCAAUUUUGGAGAAUUACGAUUAGGGAAAAAUUUAUACACAAAUGAAUAUGUGGCAAUUAAAUUGGAGCCCAUGAAAUCCAGAGCACCACAGCUGCAUUUGGAAUACAGGUUCUAUAAGCAGUUAGGAUCUGGAGAUGGUAUACCUCAAGUUUACUAUUUUGGUCCUUGUGGUAAAUACAAUGCCAUGGUGCUGGAGCUGCUGGGACCUAGUUUGGAAGACUUGUUUGACUUGUGUGACAGAACAUUUUCUCUUAAAACAGUUCUCAUGAUUGCUAUACAGCUGAUUUCUCGCAUGGAAUAUGUCCAUUCAAAGAACUUGAUAUACAGAGAUGUAAAACCUGAGAACUUCUUAAUAGGACGACCAGGCAACAAAACCCAGCAAGUUAUUCAUAUUAUAGAUUUUGGUUUGGCAAAGGAAUAUAUUGAUCCAGAGACAAAGAAACAUAUACCGUACAGAGAACACAAGAGCCUUACAGGAACAGCUAGAUAUAUGAGCAUUAACACACAUUUAGGAAAAGAACAAAGUAGAAGAGAUGAUUUAGAAGCUUUAGGUCAUAUGUUCAUGUACUUUCUGAGAGGCAGUCUUCCUUGGCAAGGCUUAAAGGCUGACACAUUAAAAGAGAGGUAUCAGAAAAUUGGAGAUACAAAACGAGCUACACCAAUAGAAGUGUUAUGUGAAAAUUUUCCAGAAGAAAUGGCAACGUAUCUUCGUUAUGUAAGAAGGCUAGAUUUUUUUGAAAAGCCAGACUAUGAUUAUCUAAGGAAGAUUUUUACUGACUUAUUUGAUCGAAAAGGAUAUCUGUUUGAUUAUGAAUAUGACUGGAUUGGUAAACAGUUGCCUACUCCAGUGGGUGCAGUUCAACAAGAUCCAGCUUUAUCAUCAAACAGAGAUGCACACCAACACAGAGAUAAGAUGCAGCAAUCCAAAAACCAGUCGGCAGACUACAGGGCAGCUUGGGACUCCCAGCAGGCAAAUCCCCACCAUUUGAGAGCUCACCUUGCAGCAGACAGACAUGGUGGCUCGGUACAGGUUGUAAGUUCUACAAAUGGAGAGUUAAACACAGAUGACCCUACUGCAGGGCGUUCAAAUGCACCCAUCACAGCCCCUACAGAAGUAGAAGUGAUGGAUGAAACCAACUGCCAGAAAGUGUUGAACAUGUGGUGCUGCUGUUUUUUCAAACGAAGGAAAAGGAAAACCAUACAACGACACAAAUGACUCUGGACACAGACAGACCAUGGGGAGUUACUUACAUGUUCAUCUGCUGUCUUGGGAUUAAAAUCAUCUCUGUAGUGACCACGUAUAUUUUCAAGGACUCACUCUUGGAAACAAAAAUGUCAUACUUUCAUACUUCAUUUUGUGGUUGUCUUACAUUCAUAUUUUUUUCUAAUUUAACUUUUAUGGAAGCUUUAAAGUUUUAUCAAAACGUGAGUGCUUUGCCCAUCAGUGAAUGGAAAGGACCAAUGGGGUGGUGGUGAUGAGUACAUUUCUAAAGGACGUUUUUCAGAAGCUCUUCUCUUGUUGGAGAAAGCAGUACAGUUUUAAGUGUCAACCAAUUAUAUGCCUAAUUUGAUUUUGUAUAUCUUCUGUAAGACCAUACUCAAACAGGAGUUUUCUUCCCAGUGGACAAUGCAACAGAGAAAACAGAGUUGGCCAAACAUUUAUUUCUUGAGAAGUUCAUAUUUUGUGACAUCUGCAUUGAUUUCAGUAUUACUGAUGGUACUGUCAUUCAUGAGUCAUAUUAACAUUCUCUGUGAAAUCAUGGUACAGUCACUGCCCAGAGGUACUGAGGAGAAAGCUCUAUGGGUUUGGCAGAUGGUGGUGGUAAAAUGAAUCACAAGAAGUGCGGGAAAUUCAAGUUCUGCUUAUGUUGCACCACUAUGUGAAGUACAGUGUUGCAGAAGUGGGAGAAGUGCUUAUUUUUUAGAAUUGCAAACAUUUGUAUGAUGUAACUUUAUGCUUCCAGAUAAUAAUGUAUGUUAGAUAGCAAGAAAUGAAUACUUUGAGAAGUGAUGUAUGUUGGAAUUUUUAAAAAAUACACUAAGGAAAAGAAAGAAAUGUGAACCUCGUUGUAAUGUGUAAGGCUAAAGCCUGAGGAGAUCCCACUGAAACCUACUGCUGAAUGAUUACAUUCUCCCCUAAGCAGAAAACUUUGGAUGUGCCAUGCAAUGGUGUCUGUUCAUUCUUUUUGUCUGAUUAAAAAAAAGACUCCCAGCAAUAAAAACUGGGUCACUCUAUUGCCCUCUGUGCACAUUAGUGUCUUGUAGUCACCUUUGCUAAUUCUCUGGAAUUUUCAUACUCUUUAGCAUGAUUGAAAAACUAUUUUGGAGAAGAUGGGUCAGGUGCUUUGCCUUCAUAGUCUUUUUAAGUGCUGCAUAUGAACAAAGUAACAGUUCUGUAAAAAAGGAAGUCCAUUCCACCUUUGAAGUAUGCUUUGUUUUAAGCCAUAAAGAUGCAGGUAUACUUUUGUCACAUCCCUCUAGCCAGAAUUUUUCAAGAAGGGUUAAAACAAAAAGACUGGCUGGAAAGAAUUGUGUUGAUCAAAUCUCAUAUUUUCCUUUCAUUUAUAAAAUUGUUACUUACUCCUUUCAUGCAGUCCCUUUGUCGUAAGUGUGUGCCUCCAGCUAUGCUUAUUUAUUUUUAUUGUCUCAAGGUAACAUUUUAAAGUGUAUAUUAAAGUAAACAAAUCCACAAUUUUUUACUUUAUUAUUGCAUUUACAGGUAUUUAAUUGUACUUUAUAAUUUAUUUUUAUUAGCAAAAUGUUCAGUACAUUUUUGAUG